AUGGCGAGUGCGACUGGACUGAGACGCAAAGUGUUGGUACUUUACCGUGACGUGCUGCGCGUGGCAAGAGGGUUCCCCGAUCGUAGCAUGGGUCGGAAACUGCAGUACAACGCGAGGGAGUUGCUGCGUCUGAGGCAGCACGAGACGAACGCGUUGCGCAUUCAGACGUAUUUGACAGAGGGCUAUGAUGCUCUACGCGUGUACCAAGUGCUACAGACGGAUGCUGAGUUGCUCACGGCCAUUACGAGGAAAAAGAGAGACUCACUCGGGAGAGAUGCAAAGAAGAAGAAGUGA